UUCAAAUCAGCUGGGAAAGGGUGCACGCUACCUCUUUCUUCUACAAGAACACAGACGAGGAGGCUGUCAUUUUAAGGGUCUUCAGUGUUGCUCCAGAUUAACUUUGGAAUCAUUUGGAUAUACAGACUGUGGAAGUUAUGGCCAGUUUUUUGUACUACUUGGUCCCAAUAGUAGGAGGGUACACACUGACGUCCCUCUACCUGCUGAAAAAUCCCCUCAUUCUGCACAAGAAGAAGAAAACAGCAUUCAAGUGCAGACACAUCUCACACAGGGGAGGUUCUGGUGAGAGAAUUGAGAGCACAAUAGAGGCUUUCAAACAUGCAGUUGAGGUUGGCACAGAGAUGCUUGAGCUGGAUUGCCACCUUACUCUAGAUGGUCAUGUGAUUGUAUCCCAUGAUGAGAAUCUUCUGCGCCAGACUGGGCAGGACGUCAACAUCUCUGAUGUGAAAUUGGAGAAUCUACCACCGUAUUUAGAGCAACUCGAGGUCACCUUCUAUGCAGAUCACUACAGCACUGGAACCGACAGAAAAUUUGCCCUGUUAGAAGAUGUUUUCCAGACAUUCCCUAGGAUUCCUUUAAACAUUGAGGUCAAAGAGAUGAACAUGGAGUUAAUUAAAAAGGUUUCUGACCUAGUAAAGAAGCAUAACCGAGAAGACAUAACAGUUUGGGCAUCUGUGGAGUCUUCUAUCAUGAAGGAAUGUCGGAAAGUGAACUCAACUAUGCCAUACAUGUUCACAUAUAUGCGUGGCCUGCAAGUGCUGCUUCUUUACUACACAGGUCUUCUGCCCUUUGUACCACUGGGAGAGAGCUUUCUGCAGUAUUACUGGCCUCGGGUCAUUAACAGGACAUACAUACCUGAGCCUGGCAUUUUGAGGAACACAAUGGUCAUCGCAUUAAUUCAAAAACUGACUAUAAGAAAAGGUUUGUUUCAACAUCUGAAGGAUAGAGGAAUUCAGAUUCACCUGUUUGUUUGUAAUGAAGAACAGGAUAUUGAUGCAGCAUUUGCAGCUGGAGCCACUGGAGUCAUGACUGACUACCCCACUGUUUUAUCAGACUACCUUAAAAAGCACAGACAAACUACAUGAGUAACAUGAUGUAGCAAAUUUAAUGCCACCAAGAAUCUAAACACUGUAAUGCCCUUAUCUUUAUCUUUAAUUUAAAAGCUACAGUAGCGUUUGUAGGCACACUGGUGUGAAUAAUACCCAUUAGCUAAACAAUUCAUAAUAAAACCACUCAGGCAUUUGUGCCAGAUCAGUUUUCUUUUAAAAUAAAUUUUUAAUAACCAUUUAAUUCUGGUCAGGGUUGUGGUGGGUUCGCUUCAGUGAAAAGGAAAUCAAGUUCUAGAUAUUUCAUGCAACUUGAAGCUUCCUAAUUUCUCAGGAACAAAGAUAUAAAACCACUCAAAUGGAAAAGGUCACAGAGCCUUAGCAAACACCUCAAAUAUAUUUGUCAGUGGUGCUGGAAUGGUGCAGCAGUCUAACACAGUUAACUCUUUAAUAUGAUUACCUUGGACUUUUUUUUAAACAAAUAUAGUAAAAUAUUUCACUACAUUAUUUGUUGUAUUACUUGUUUUUACUUUCUGUGAAGUUUUUGCUGUAUUGCUUGAUGAAAUGAAUGAUUUAGUUACUAUGUAAAUUUGCUCUAGAUUUUUACUAGCCUUGUGAGAACAUGGGCACUGGGAUUAUAGUGGCCUAAAUGUACUACCUCUUCAAAAAGUUAAUGCCAUUUCUUAUUAUAUUGAUUCAUGAAAACAUAACCGUCUGACAUGUAGCACUGUCUGAUUUUAUAAUAAACAUAAACUUGGCAUGCUCA